ACAGGAAAGCUUAGCGCUGCAUCCUUGUCCACAUAUCUCGGAGCCAUGUUUCUUAAAUCUUGACAAUAUGAAGUCUCCCGGGUUGCAGAGAUCAAAGGAGCAAACUGCAGGUAUCAGCUCAUUCUUGGGUAUCUCAAGAAAUUGUGUCAACUGAAACUAUGAUGAAUGUUACCGAAGGACUGACUUCGUAGGAUACAAGAAGUCUGCAGAAGACCGUUCAUAGCUUCCUGCUGAUGAUGGAAAGCUGGACAAAUGCUUCGAUAAGGCUAGCUGAAUCACUGCAGAUUAAAAGCAAACAUGCUUGAGGAACAACAUUAAACUGUUCCAAUCGCACCUGCCAAGAGGCAUGGAUUUUGGUCCUUGCCCUUUCUUAUGUGAUGUCUUAUGGAGGGAAGAAACACUCGGAGAGAUGUGCUUUGUGCAUCAAUAAUUUGAUCACAUUGUUGUCAUCUCCAUUUCAAGCAGAAAGAUAUGGAGAAGAAAGGAACCAUACUGAUGCGCCGCUACGAGAUUGGAAGAUUGCUUGGGCAGGGCAGCUUUGCAAAGGUAUACCAUGCUAGGAGGUUGGCUUCAGGCCAGAAUGUCGCCAUUAAGGUCAUCAACAAGGAGAAGGUGACGCGUGUGGGAAUGAUUGAACAGAUAAAAAGGGAGAUCUCAAUUAUGCGCCUCGUUCGCCAUACAAAUAUCGUGCAGCUUUAUGAGGUCAUGGCCAGCAAGAGCAAGAUCUACUUUGUGAUGGAGUAUGUCAAAGGUGGUGAGCUCUUCAACAAGGUUGCAAAAGGAAGCCUCAAAGAGGAUGCUGCGAGGAAAUAUUUUCAGCAACUGAUUGGGGCAGUUGAUUUCUGUCACAGCCGUGGUGUCUACCACCGCGAUCUUAAGCCCGAGAACCUCCUCAUCGAUGAGAAUGGAAACCUUAAGGUGUCGGACUUCGGACUGAGUGCCCUCAAAGAGUCACAGAGGCAAGAUGGUCUACUCCACACGCUAUGUGGUACACCAGCCUAUGUUGCUCCCGAGAUCAUCAACAAAAAGGGUUAUGACGGCGCGAAGGCAGAUAUAUGGUCCUGCGGAGUAAUCCUCUAUGUUCUAUUGGCAGGCUACCUACCAUUCCAUGACUCAAACCUAAUUGAAAUGUACAGAAAAAUAACAAAAGGGGAGUUUAGGUUCCCUCAUCGGUUCCCUUCCGAUGUCCGAAAGCUCCUCACCAGACUCCUUGACCCCAAUCCCAACACUCGAAUCACAAUUGAGAUGUUGGUAGAGAAUCCAUGGUUUCAAAAAGGAUUCAAGCCGGCGGUGGCACCAACCCCAUCAGAAAGUUUGAGCAACCUGAAAGAUGUGAUUUCAGCUUUCAGCAUUGAGAUCAACAAUGAUGAUCGCACUCAGAAAGCAGAAAUGUCUGAGCCCAUGAAACCUACCAGCCUAAAUGCAUUUGACAUCAUCGCUCUGUCCCCAGGAUUUGAUCUUUCAGGGCUCUUUGAGACGGGAAAUAGAGAAAAGCAGGAGGCCAGAUUUACAACCCAGAAGCCAGCUUCAGCAAUAGUGUCAAAGCUUGAAGAGAUUGCUGAAAUGGAGCAUUUCAAGGUAAAGAAGAAGGACGGAUUGGUCAAGUUAGAGGGAAGAAAAGACGGAAGGAAAGGGCAACUUGCAAUUGAUGCAGAGAUUUUUGAGGUCACACCUGCAUUUUAUGUUGUUGAGGUAAAGAAAUCAUCCGGAGACACAAUGGAGUACCAGAAAUUCUGCAACCAAGAUCUUAAACCUUAUCUCAAGGACAUUGUAUGGGCUUGGCAAGGAGCAGAUCAGCACCAGCUACCACCUCUGCCACCAGCACCUCAGCCAAACUUAAUGUCUGGCCCUGUCUCCUGAGACAUGAAUCCAACUUUAUCUUUUUUUUUUCUUGGUUCUGAUUUUGCAGCUCUAAAGAACAAGAUCUGCUCUCGUAAGCAUCACAUUCUGGUAUCCUGGUUAAUUUCCAUGUGAAUUUCCACCGAAACAACAGCAUCAUAGAGACUCUCUUUAUGACUCCAGAGAUGUGUGGUGCAUCAUCCAAGGAUCUAUUGUAUAGCAAGCACAGUUAAGCCACUCAUCUGUGCUCUACAUACUUUCUCCUUUAUAUGUGUAUGGCAAGUACAGAUAAAUCUUCCAUUUGUGCUCUAUAUAAUUUUUUUGCUUUCAGAUGUAUCAUAGAUGAUACAUUCACAGUGCUAAAUGCUAUAAACUUCUUUUUAUAAUACCAGCUACUAUUUCAUUUGCA